AUGGGCCAUCUAAUCAAAAUUGUUUGUCCUGUAAGCUAUCCUCCUAUCUUUAUCAAGAUAAGUAAAUAAAAUUGCCAAUAAUUUAUGUUUAUCAAACAUUUAUUAAUUUUAAUAUAUUAUUACUACCUGUUUAAGUUAUUGCGAUAUUUAAAACGUUUUUAUUUAAAUUAUUUAAAAAGAAUUUAGUAAAAUGAGGCUGGUUCUUGUUUAUCUUGUGAUUAAUCAUGUCUUAAAUGUUAAGGUCCUUCAAAUAAAGAUUGUAUAGCUUGCACAAAAAAUUAUAUUUUAUUAACAACUCUUAGAAAGUGUGCUUUAUGUGAAGAAGGAUAUUUCUUCAAUCAAAGCAGUUGCGAUUAGUGUGAUCAAACAUGUUUGACAUGUACAGGUAAGAAUAAAUAAGAUUGUAUAGACUGUAGACCAGGUUUAAUUUUAAGCAGUGUGUCAAAAACUUGCGUGGAAAGUAGUUAAGUAUAAAAUGAAUAAAAGAAAAUAAAAUAAAGCUAAGAAACAGGUUGCUAUGACUAAAAAUAGUAGUAAGUUGUAAGUACUUGCUUAGAUUAAAAUGAAAAUAGUUAAUCAAAUACUAAAAUUCUUGAAACCUUAUUUAUAGUAAAUCUAUCUCUUAUUGCAGUUUCAUCCAUUUUCGCACCUUUAGGAUCAAGUCUAGGUUGGAUUUUUAUUCAAAAUUAAUAACUUUUGGGUAAUUACAUAUUUGCUUAUAAGCUGGUACCACUAUGGAUGAAUCAACUAGAAAUGAAAUCAAGCUACGCUCACCACUUUUUUACAAUGAUUAGCAAUAUUGUUAUUGUUAAAACUAAUAAUGAAGCAAUACUAUUUUAAUUUAAAUAAUUUGACACUCUCUUUACAAUCAACGAUUUUUGGAAUAGUUUUUUAAAUAACUGUUUUGUUGCCUUAAUUGUUUUUGGGUUUUGCUUAGGAAUUCUUAUUAUCUUUUUCUGUUUAAAUUUAAGAGAAAUCUAAGAAGACUAAAAUAAUAGCUUAAUAAAAAAAAUAUAUCUUUAUAUCAAGUGGAAUAUGUUUGUUAACAUUUACAGGCUCAUAUCAAGCUUUCUGAUUUUUAAUUUAGUAUUUAUUUUUUUCUGGAAAAAAGAUUUUGGCAUGUCAGACUUGAUCAGCAUAUUAGUAUUUUCUAUCUUCUAUUUGAUUUUAUAUUUAUAUUGGAAUACAAUAAUUGGAUGUAAAUACUAAUCUAUACCUUACAAGGAUAUUGCUUAAUUUAGCAACUUAGUAUAAAAUAUUGAGAUUUCUAAUACUUCUUAAAGAAUAUUUUGGUUGCUAUUUGAAUGGAAAAAAGUAAUAAUUACAGUCAUAUAAGCGAUAUUUAUCUUUGAUUAAGAGAAGCUUUAGAUAAGUUGCUGGAUACAUAUAGGAUUAAAUUCAUUAUUUAUAAUUUACAUUUUCAUAUAAAACCCUUUUAUAGAGAGAACAGCGAAUUCAAUUAUUAUAGUGUAAGAACUUAUAUAUCUUACAGCAAUUGUGUUUCUUGGAGUUAUCUUUAGUUAAGAUAUUGAGAUUAAUCCAUACAAUAUAUCUGAAUUAAAUUCAAAUAUGCGAAAUGCAUAUAGAAUUGCAAUGUAUGUAUAUCUAGGAUUAUCUAUUAUUGUACUAGCAUUUAUUUUAAUGCAAAAGGUUUGGAACUACUUUAAAAUACUAAGAAAAACUAAUGAUAUGAAUAAAAGUUAAACCACCACUGGCAACAUGAAUAUGGUUGAGUAAAUGACUGAUUCUAACAUAGAAAAAUUAUUUGAAAUGCUAAACUAAUCAAAAAGCAAGAAUCAAUUUCACUGGAAAAACCAAAAUUGA